AUGAAAGAAGCGAAGGAUGCUAUCGAAACCUCCUUUCAGGACAAUAUAGAAAGUCAAAGCUUGCAACCAGGUGGAAAAGUACCGCAUCGCAAACGAUCAAGACUCCUUGACGAAGUCCGGGAUGGUGACUCAGACAGUUCCACGGAUGAUGCAUUUCUGGAACCCACGCCCCUAGCUGUCAAUGAUGCUGCGUACGAAGACGACUUAGAUGGGGCUGUGGACGAUUUAGGCUUCAAAAUUGGGCGAAUGCGACUAAGUGAGAGGAUUGGGGGUUUGUACCGCCCACGAAUAGCAGAUGAGAUUCUGUCUUCUCUUGAGAACAUUCCAAAGCGAGGUUCUUCAGUGAUACCCCCAAGUCCGAGCCCAGGCUCGACUAAGGCAUCAACAAAGCUUAAGCAAUCUUCGUCAGCAUCCCCAGUCGACUUUAUCUUCAGCCUAGCCUCCCCUAGCACAUCUCGAGUGGAGAAUAUUGUUUCUCGGAGUACCGCAGACAGGCUUCUUGAGCGUUAUUGGGACUCUGUUCACCCGGUAGCCCGUAUUCUGCAUCGUCCUUCGUUUGCGCAACGAUAUGAAACGCUCUGGGAAGCUGUCGAGGAUGGGUAUCAAGAAAAUCUUGCGCCUUCGCUAGUAGCAAUUGUAUUUUCGGUUCUCCUCUCGGCUGUGGUGAGCAUGUCUGAAGCACAAGUGUGGGAUUUGUGUCAACAGUCUCGAGAGGACUUGAGAAACAAAUUGAAGCAUGGAACCGAGACUUCGCUUAGCAGAGCUCAGUUGUUACAUUCUUCAAAGGUCGAGAACUUGCAGGCAUUUGUCGCGUACCUGCUAUCAAUGUGUUCAGAUGAAAUUUGCCGUGCUCAUUCGCUAUUGACAAGUAUGGCAAUUCGCUUAGCAGAGUGCAUGGGAUUUCAUCGUGAUCCCUCGGAGUUUGGGUUCUCACCUCUAGAAUGCCAAGUCCGACGUCUCAUAUGGUAUCAAAUCUGUUAUUUGGAUCUCAAGACAAGUGAGGUACAGGGGCCCCGGCCAUAUAUCCAUCAUGAUGGAUACACAACACAAAUACCAACUCCCGCAAUAACAUCAACGUGGAAUGAUAUGGUUUUCUCCAUGAUCCGAUUUGAAUGCCAGGAAAUGCAGCGAAAAUGUCUUGUUUUACGCACCCGGAUUAGUCUUACGAAGGCAAUCGCCAAAAUUGAGGCUUUUCGGGUUCGUAUGGAUGCAAAAUAUGGCCCUUUACUAGACACAGCAACCCCAAGUCCAAUGCAAAAAAUGGCUCGACAGGUGAUGAAGCUAUUCACCAACCUCCUUUAUCUGAUCUCAUUGCACCGUUAUAUGAAUAGUGUGACAUACAGGGUUCCUGAUCGGCUGCGACAAAUUGUUUUGAGCAAGGGAACCGAGGCAUUGGAGGCUGCGAUGGAGCUCGAAGUCUCCGACGAUCUCAAGCAAUGGUCUUGGUAUUCGAGUGCCUAUCAGCAGUAUCAUUCCGCAUUCUUGUUGCUGGUGGAGGUUUUCACAUUUCCACUACGCAGAGAGGCAAAUCGCAUUUGGAGAUGUUUGGAUUUCAUCUUCGCCGAUGUGCUAAGAGAUAUGCCCGCGCUGGACACAAAUAGAAAGGCCUCAACGCCGCAAGAUUUGAUCACGCAACGAGAUGUCAAGGCUCGGUUUCUACUGACCAUGAUCUGUGACAAUAUGCGAGCUUACCAGAAGUCAAGGGGAUUAAAGGAUCCGAGUCACUUCCAGGAUUCGAUGAUUAUACUCACUCCGCAGAAGCAUGGAGACACUUCUGAUCCUCGGAUGCCUCUUAAUUACGCCCAUGGGGAGCCGGACAUAAGAGAUCCUCCUCAACAGCAUCCCUCUAUCUCUCAAAACCCGCAGUUUCCUCACCAAAUGACCACAGAAUCGGAAAAUAUCCCUUCUUUCUACAUCGAGAACACCGGAGCUGAAGCUUUCCAUAUUCCACAGAACCUAGGUAAUACAAGACGUGAAUGGACCUCUUCAUACGACCAUCUUCCAUCUUUGCCUCAAAAUUACGAAUCCCAAUUCAAUGGAGCAACCGAUACUAUGUAUCCCCAAACCUUACAUCCGGACUACCUUGCUCCCAGCUCAGGCUGGACGUCGAACGAACGCUCAACAUACUCCGAUAAUGGUGAAAUACAGAGCGAGGUUGCAGCUAUAGACCCACAGAUGCUCGAAAUUGACUGGAAUCUUUGGGACACUAUUUUCCCACCUGGGAGCAAUGACGGUAACUUGGAUGUUUCUGACGAUUUCAUGUGGGAGUCAAAUUACAAUUAA